AUGGAGGUGAACCUGCAGCUGGACGUUUCCAAGCUCAAACGUCUCACAGACAACCUGCUGCAGAAUCAGCCGGAAGAUUACGAUGAGGAAAUAGAAAAAAUCUUCUCUGAAGUUUCUGACUUGGAGACUUUCCCCAAAAUACAAGACCCACAGCUGGAGGACUGCGCGGUCCAACUUUGGAACUGGUCAGUUACCAAGAAUGUGGGUGCUGUCAUCAGUAAAAACCAGAAGGCCAAAGUUCGUCAUGUGGCAUGCAGUCUGCUGUACUGCUGUGAGCCUGACAAUCCAACAGAGGGCGCCAUCCGCAAGCAGAUCCUGGUGGCUAGUAAAACAGGGAGAACCUGGCUGGACUGCAAAAAUCCCCAGAUGGCAGAUCAUUUCUUAAGACUUGCUGUCAAGAGUCUGGAAAGCCUCUACGGCCUGCUGACGUCCAGAGGCGAUGGAGUCGCCGACAUCCUUACAUCCAAGGGGGAUGUGGAGAAAGAUCUGCUUCGAAUCCUCUCAUGCCAGGCAGAGUCGGCCAUAAUUCAAGGAAAUAACCAAGAGGCCGUGGUCUGCAUGCAGCGUUGUAAGGACAUGUUGCUCCGGUUGCCAAAAGAUACUGCUUACAUCUCCCUCUUGUGCUACAACUUUGGAGUUGAGACUUACAAUCUGAGACAAUUUGAGGACAGUGCUUUUUGGCUGAGCCAGAGCUAUGAAAUUGGGAAAAUGAACACGAAGUAUGCUCCUGCAGCGGAUGUUCUGGCUAACAUCCUGCGGCUCCUGGCCACUGUUUAUUUCGAGUGGGACUGUCAGAAGUUUCAGGAGAAAGCUCUCGAUGCUGUCAUCUUGGCCAACAAGGAAUGUUUGACUUCGUCUGGACUGUAUUUAAAGAUCAGAAUACUUCUGAGAUGUGAUUCCUCAGACAGUCAUGUCAGAGCAGGACUUAAUGAGAUGCUGGAAUCUAAAGUUUCUCUUGAAGAGUGUCUGAGCUCAGUGAAGCUGCUGAUGGCUGAAAACAGAGAGGAGCUGGCGUUUGAGCAUCUGAAACGUGUGUGUCAGCGCUUCGAGUCGUCCCCUGACCUGGGAGCUGCUCUCGUCCUUCACAUUGAGCUGCUGCUUCAGAGAGGGAAGGAGCUGCUGGGCAAACAGAAGAUCGAGGACAUCAUCACCGGUCACUACACGGGAAAACAGCUGACUCCACAGGCGCUCGGUAAUUUACACACCAUCCUGUGGGACAAAGCUUCGAAACACUUUGAGGCCCAAAACCAUUCUGAAGCUCUUCAGUGGUAUAACUACUCCUUGAGUUUCUUUAAGGCCGGCCAGAUGGAGCCCAACUUAGCCAAACUUCAGAGGAACAGGGCUUCAUGCUUACUCAACCUGAAUCAACUGGAAAAGGCCAAAGACGCAAUUAGAGAAGCGGAGCGAUGCGAUCCAGACAACAUUUUCACUCACUUCAGUGUUUACAGGAUUGCUGUGCAAGAGAACAACGUAGAAAAGGCUAUCGAGGCAGUGAAUGCAAUCGGACGUCUGUCCAAGAAUCCAGUAACCAGUGAGGACAGACUGAUGACUGCUGAGAACGCUGCCUCCAAACUCCUCAGUCUGGCCGCUCAGAUCGCUUUACAGAGUGAACAGCAAGAACCUGCAGUGAGAGCCUUGGAGAGUUUGUGUGAAAACUCCCCAGAUGAGGAUCACAUUCUGACUGCUCUGAGGUGUUUGGUUCGGCUGGUGCUCUCCACUGUGGAGCAAUCCAGUGACGAGACGAGGAAUGUCAGCGUCGACGCUCUCCUGAAAUAUUUAAAAAUGGUUCUGCAGAUCGUCUCACGUCAGUCUCGCCUAACUGGCGAGCAAAACGCAACCGCACCAGACUGGUUCAGAAAGAUCGCGUGGAACUCGGCCCUGCAGUGUGAAAGUUCCCCCGUCAGGAUGAGGGAUUUCUUCGUGCUCUCUUUCCAGGAAAGUCUCCUGUGCCCUCCCGAUCGCGCUCUGCUCAUGGGCCAGAAGACGGGCCUGCUGAUGGCCGCGGCGGCCUCGCUGGAGCUGUUCAGGAAGUCUGGCCUCUCCAGCCAGACUGAGGACCUGACUCAGGCUCUGGAGUACAUUCAGAUCUGUUCAGAGAUCUGGAAAACCCUGAAAGCAUCAGGGAGCUUCCCGACGGACCCCACUGACACACUCCUGCUGCUGUAUGAAUUUGAGGCUCGUGCUAAACUGAACGACCCGAAGGUGGAGACUCUACUGGAAUCCGUCCUGGAGCUCGAAAACAUUGAAAUCAAAGUAUUAGAGACCAUGGCAGCCUUGGCCAUGGAGCCUCCAGCCCACCUCCCUCUGCUGUGUAAGAAGGCCCUGAGAGCCUCCCUCUCUCUGCUCAAGAAACAACCCCAGCCCGACCUCGUCCGCUGCAGCAAGUGCGUCCACAGCCUGAUCAAGCUGUCCCUCCCCAGCGGCGUGGCAGAGGUGGAGGCCCAUGUGCUGGAGGAGGUGUGGGACUACUACGAGGAGGCCCUGUCCAUCAUCCGCGCUGCGCCGGACGACAUCCCAGAGAUGGAGACCCUCUGGCUGCUGACUCGAGCCUGGAACCUGGGCGUGCUGCUGUUCAACUUGGCUCAGUACGACCAGGCGGAGAAGUGGUGCGGCCUCGCCAUGCGCUUCGUCCGCCACCUGGGGGGGUCUCUGCAGAGGAGCUACGAGAUACAGAUGUCCAUGCUCUACAGUGAAAUCCUGGACCGUUUGGACAAAGCCAAGAAAAAACUCUGCAUGGAAGAAUAGACUAACUCUACAGUGUUCACCUGCCUGUUCCGGUGUCGUUUUGCUGCUUUCUGGUUCUUAAAUGUUAAAAGUGUU